UUCGGCAAUGGGCGCAGCCAUAUUGGAUUCUUCCAGAACCGUCUGCAAGCGUGACUAAAAUCAACAAAUCCAAUCCGAGGAAAAUCGGCUUGAAUCCUUCAUAUUCAAGCAUAAUUUAUUCUCCUCUGCUGCAGCUGAAUCAAUUUUAGAACAGUAUGGCACCACCAAAAGGGCAAAAAGCGACUGGGAAACGGUCAGAAUACCAGGAUAAAGAUAAACCAUCGCAGAUUCGAUUCAGUAAUAUCACCGCUGCAAAAGCUGUUGCCGAUGCUAUCAGAACAAGUCUUGGCCCCCGGGGUAUGGAUAAAAUGAUCCAGGCAGCCAAUGGGGAUGUUACUAUUACUAACGAUGGUGCUACAAUUCUUAAAGAAAUGCAAGUUUUACAUCCAGCAGCAAAGAUGCUUGUGGAGGUAUCGAAAGCUCAAGAUGUAGAGGCUGGUGAUGGUACAACAUCAGUUACUGUUUUAGCUGGUAGUCUACUAGAUUCCAGUUCAAAAUUAUUAUCCAAAGGCAUGCAUCCAACUACUAUAUCAGAAUCUUUCCAGAAAGCAUCUUUGAAGGCUGUAGAAAUUUUGGAAACUAUGGUUACUCCCCUUGAAUUGUCAGAUCGAGAAUCCCUUCUAAAAAGUGCUUCAACUUCCUUGAAUUCUAAAGUUGUUUCUCAGAAUUCCAACAUCCUGUCACCUAUUGCUGUAGAUGCUGUAUUAAAGGUUAUUAACCCUGCUACAGCUGACAAUGUAGAUCUCAAAGAUAUCAAAAUAGUUAAAAAAUUGGGAGGUACAGUUGAAGAUACAGAAUUAAUUGAUGGUCUAGUCUUCAACCAGAAACUAUCCUCAUCUGGGGGACCAAGUAAAAUAGAAAAGGCUAAAAUAGGACUUAUUCAGUUCUGUGUAUCGGCUCCCAAAACAGAUAUGGAGAAUCAAGUUAUUGUAUCAGACUAUACCCAGAUGGAUCGAGUCUUAAAAGAAGAAAGAAAUUAUAUUCUGAAUAUUAUUAAACAAGUUAAAAAGGCUGGUUGCACUGUUCUACUUAUUCAGAAAUCUAUACUCAGAGAUGCCGUUAGUGAUUUAGCUUUACAUUUCCUGGCUAAGAUGAAGAUUAUGGUUGUAAAAGAUAUUGAAAGAGAAGAUAUUGAGUUUGUUUGCAAGACAUUAGGUUGUCGACCUAUUGCAUCAUUAGAUCAUUUUAUACCAGAGAAUAUGGGUACAGCUGAUCUAGUAGAGGAAGUAGCUGUUGGAACUGAUAAAAUUGUUAAAAUAACUGGUAUAGCCAAUCCUGGUAAAACUGUAACAGUUCUUAUUAGAGGAUCUAAUAAACUAGUUUUAGAAGAAGCUGAUAGAUCAUUACAUGAUGCUCUCUGUGUAAUCAGAUGUCUCGUCAAAAAGAAGGCAUUGAUUGCUGGUGGUGGGGCUCCAGAAAUUGAACUGUCCCUUAGAUUAAUGGAAUUUUCUAACACUCUGGCUGGUAUUGAACAGUACUGUUUCCGAGCUUUUGCAGAAGCUUUAGAAGUUAUUCCGUACACAUUGGCUGAGAAUGCAGGAUUAAACCCAAUUGCAACAGUAACAGAAUUAAGAAAUAGACACGCAAAGGGUGAAAUAACAGCAGGAAUAAAUGUUAGAAAGGGUGCUAUAACAAAUAUUCUAGAAGAAAAUGUUGUUCAACCCUUGUUAGUUUCUACUAGUGCUAUAUCAUUAGCUGCAGAAUGUACUCGAUGUAUUCUUAAAAUAGAUGACAUGGUGAAUACAACUCGAUGAAGACCUCAUCAUAAUAAUUGUAUACAUUUAAACUAUAUCAUUGUACAGUCUCAUCUUUAUUGUGAUAAUUAAAUAUAGUGCUUUUUCUACUUCAAUCCUACCGAGCAUAUUGCAUCAAUAAAUUAUUUACAAAAAGGAA